AAUCGCUGCUAUUCGAGAUUACAUUUGCAAUAGGCCAGGGACGGUCAGGCGCUGCGUUCCUCUAUGCUUGGGCUCAGUGUUUAACACAAGCCCCCUGAAGGUCCUGGAAGUGAAGUGGAAUGCAACGACUCGGCUUGCAGCACAGGCUGUAGGAAAGUGGCCGGGGUGUAGCGUUCAUACAGUGGGAGGCUCGGAGCCUAGCAGGCUGCCAACAGAGGCAGUGUGAGGCAGCCUGAGGGCGAGGGGAGGGCUGCCUUCUCGUUGUUACAUAGUGCUCAGGACCCGCUGUUCCAACCCCCUUCGCCGCUGUUACAUUGAUGCGGAACUGAGAGAGACGCACUCAGGGCCCGGAUACAAUGUUACUGCACGGGGAUAGCUUCAAAGCAGCGACUCCGGGAAUGUGAUCCCUCAGAAUAAACUCAGGCAGCCCGGAAAAUGUCGCAGUGUGGCACCGGCGGGGAUUGUCCCUGCCCUCCAUGGGGGAACUGACCAGCCUGGGUGGGUGCUGGGCAGUAACUGGGUGUCCCUCUGGGCAGUGAGUGCCCGACCGGCCUGUACUAUACAGAGUAACACAAUGUGGAAGGAAUCACUGAGAUAGGGAGUUGUCGGGAGGUAGGUUUGUGGGUCACUUAGCAGCACAGUAUUUCUUUGCCUGGUCAGCUUGGCUCCAGCUAUCUAGUCAGUGAACAGUGAGAAUGCUUGGAAACAAGUAAUAAUUUGUCCCUGUCUAUCUAUCUGUGUGUGUGUGUGUGAGACCGUAAACGUUGCUUGACCAGGUUCCCCUGACAGCACAGGAGGAAGAUUUUGAACAGAGGCACCACGCUCUCCCAAAACCUGCUGGCCAAUGGUCAACACUGGUUACUGCUGGUCAACGCUGUUACUGCUGAUUAACAAUGGUUACUACUGGUCAAGCUGCUCGUGGGUGCUGGUAACCUACACUGGUUACUGCUGGUCAAUGCAGUUAACUGCUGGUCAACUCAUUAUUAGUGAAUGCUGUUACUUCUAUUUAACAAUGGUUACUACAGAUCUGUGCUGGUAACUGCUGGUCAACAAUUGAGCAAUACUGGUACUUGCUGGUUAACAUUGGUAACUGCUGGUUGGACUGGACAACACUGGUAACAGCUGGUCACCGCUGUUGGAUAGCAGCCAACGUUACUGAGCAGAAUGAGGAGCCGGAGCAACUCAGGUGUUCGAUUGGAUGGGUAUGCAAGAUUGGUGCAGCAAACCAUUCUGUGUCACCAGAACCCUGUUACAGGACUGCUGCCAGCCAGUAUAGAUCAGAGAGAUGCUUGGGUGCGAGAUAACGUAUACAGUAUCCUUGCGACGUGGGGCCUGGGAUUGGCAUACCGUAAGAAUGCUGACCAAGAUGAAGACAAGGCUAAAGCCUACGAACUUGAACAGAGCGUUGUGAAGCUAAUGAGAGGGCUCCUUCAGUGCAUGAUGCGUCAGGUGGAAAAAGUGGAAAAGUUUAAGCGAACGCAGAGCACAAAGGACUCCCUCCAUGCCAAGUACAACACCUCCACUUGUGGUACAGUAGUCGCUGAUGAUGAAUGGGGCCAUCUCCAGGUGGAUGCUACGUCCCUCUAUCUCUUAUUUUUGGCCCAAAUGACAGCCUCAGGGUUACGCAUCAUUUUCACCCUCGAUGAAGUGUCAUUCAUACAGAACCUUGUAUUUUAUAUUGAGGCUGCCUACAAAGUAGCUGACUAUGGCAUGUGGGAACGUGGUGACAAAACGAACCAGGGAAUAGCAGAGCUGAAUGCAAGUUCUGUGGGCAUGGCAAAGGCAGCUCUAGAGGCAAUUGAUGAACUGGAUUUGUUUGGUGCCCGUGGAGGUCCCAAGUCGGUGAUUCAUGUUCUUCCUGAUGAAGUCCAGCUUUGCCAGUCCAUUCUUCUUUCUAUGUUACCUAGAGCGUCAACAUCUAAAGAGAUUGAUGCAGGACUUCUCUCCAUUAUUUCCUACCCAGCUUUUGCUGUGGAUGAUAUUGAUCUUGUAAAUAUCACAAAGAAUGAAAUAAUUACAAAAUUACAGGGGCGGUAUGGAUGCUGUCGGUUUCUGAGAGAUGGUUAUAAAACUCCAAGAGAGGACCCUAACAGAUUGCAUUAUGACUCUGCUGAACUGCAACUGUUUGAGAACAUUGAAUGUGAAUGGCCAGUGUUCUGGACCUAUCUCCUCAUUGACGGGGUGUUUAAAGAAGACAAGGUGCAGAUUGAAGAAUAUAGGGAGGCCCUGGAAGAGGUUCUUAUGAGAGGGCAGAAUGGCGUACGCCUCAUUCCAGAACUUUAUGCUGUUCCUUCAGAAAAGGUGGAUGAAGAAAAUGAAAACCCACACACUGUGGACAGGGUUGCAAAGGGAAAAUUGCCUCACUUGUGGGGACAGUCACUAUAUAUCCUCGGGACUCUACUGGCUGAGGGAUUUCUCGCUCCUGGGGAGAUUGAUCCUUUGAGCCGACGAAUGUCCACCAUUAGCAGGCCUGAUGUUGUGGUACAAGUGUCUAUACUGGCAGAAACCGAAAAAAUAAAGAACAUAUUGACAAAACAUAACUUCUACGUAGAAGGUGUUUCUGAUGUUUUGCCUAUCAGAGUGCAGCCUGGAAGAAUACUUAGUCACCUCUAUGCAAAACUUGGCUGCAACAAGAAGCUCAAACUCAGCGGGCGCCCAUAUAGACACAUUGGGGUCCUCGGCACCUCCAAGUUAUACGUCAUCAGAAAUCAAACCUUUGCCUUCACUCCACAGUUCAUCGACCAACACCAGUUUUACUUGGCGCUGGACUGCCGUAUGAUUGUGGAGAUGCUGCGGACUGACCUGGCGUACCUGUUCUCCUGCUGGAAGAUGACGGGCCGACCGACUGUAACCUUCCCCAUCACUCAGAGCAUGCUGUCUGAUGAUGGGACAGAUAUUGACUCCAAUAUUCUCAGCACCCUUCGGAAACUCCAGGAUGGAUACUUUGGUGGGGCCAGGAUCAAAACGGGCAGAUUAUCUGAAUUCCUCAUUACCUCGUGCUACACACAUCUGAGCUUCUUAGAUCCAGGCCCUGAUGGCCUUCUGUUGGACGACUGUUUCAGCGAAGACAGUGCCAGCCCGAGCCACGAGACGGAAGAGGUUGUCUCUUUGAACGAUUCGUGCUAUCGAAACGAUGUUGACAGUGAAGAUGAGCUUGUGAAAUAUAUAAAUCAUCUGCUCCAAAGCACAACACCUGUGUCAAAGCGAUUACCUCCAACAUCAAUAAGUCCAGGCAUGCAUCACGUGUUUGAGACUGCUCACACUUCGAGGGACAUCAUAUCAAUGGUGGCCAAAGUGAAGGGACUGGAGUUACCAAAUGUCUCCUUGUACCUGCCCAUUAAAGUUCCAAUUCCUCAACAGAAAACUGCAAACGUAUUGGAAGUCCCAAAACAAAAACCAGGGCAGACCAAGUCAGAUCACCGAGUGGAUCUCAGUUUGCCAACGGAUGCUCACGGUGAGGUGGACAUUGGAUCGCUUGUGGAACAGCUGAAGGAGUGCCUUACUCUGCAAGAUCAGGCAGACAUCCUAUACAUUCUGUAUGUCAUUAAAGGCCUGGACUGGGACACAAACGUUGGAGGACAGAACUGUGCCACUGUACGCAGUCUGAUGACAGAGCUGUACAGCAAAGCUGGCCAAAACCUCGAAUGGGGAUUGAUCCGCUACAUCUCGGGCAUGUUGAGGAAAAGGAUCGAGAUUCUGGCUGAGGCUUGCACUGCUCUACUGGCCCAUCAGAAGCAGUUGACGGUGGGUUUGCCCCCAGAGCCACGAGAGCGGAUCAUCACCACACCAUUGCCACCGAACGAGCUGGCGCAGCUUAUUUAUGAAGCAAGUGGACAAGACAUUAGCUUAGCCGUCCUUACUCAGGAAAUCAUGGUCUACCUUGCGAUGUAUGUGAGGACUGAGCCCUGCCUCUUUGCUGAAAUGCUCAGGCUGCGAGUUGGGCUGAUCAUCCAGGUGAUGGCUACAGAGUUGGCCUACAGCCUUAGCUGCUCAGGGGAGAUGGCUUCCGAGACUUUGAUGAACCUGAGCCCUUUUGACAUGAAGAAGCUGCUUCACCACAUUCUGAGUGGAAAGGAGUUUGGAGUUGAAAAGAGUGUACGACCCAUCGACUCCGCUGCCAUCAGUCCCAUCAUUUCCAUCCAUGAAGUUGAUCACGCGGGACCUACAAAGACUGAGAGAACUGGAAUCAGCAAAAUCAAGACAGAAAUAAAGCAGAUGGAUAGCAGUCUAAAACUUAGUUUGCUGGCCGAUCAGUUCUGCAUUUUCAAUGGAGGUUCGUUAGGGUCCGGCAUUCAGUCACUAAGAUCAAGGAGAUGCAGUGGUUCCUCCUCUCCCACGACCACCACAUCCCCCGUGGGCUCUUUCUGUACCCGUUUGACCUGGGACGACCGGCAGGGCCAGUGGCUCCGUAGACGACGCCUCGAUGGAGCCAUUAACCGUGUUCCCAUGGGCUUCUACCAAAAAGUCUGGAACGUUCUACAGAAGUGUCAUGGACUUUCUAUUGAUGGCUACGUCCUCCCAUCUUCAAGCACAAGAGAGAUGACACCCCAGGAGAUCAAAUUUGCUGUUCAUGUGGAGUCAGUUCUGAACCAUGUCCCUCAGCCUGAGUACAGACAGAUUUUGGUGGAAGCGAUCCUGGUUCUCACAGUCCUGGCAGAGCUGGAUGUUCACAGUAUUGGAGGGAUCAUCUGUGUGGAUCACAUUGUGCACUUGGCCAAUGAUUACUUCCUGCAGGACCAGAAAUCCCUGGGUGCAAGUGAAUCCUUGUUAGAGAUUGACGGGGCUACAAGAGUCUGCAACAUGUUCUACGACAGUGCUCCAAGUGGGAGCUACGGCACCAUGACUUACUUGACAAAGGCUGUUGCUACAUACAUACAGGACUUCCUGCCAAGUGCUGGCUGCUUCAUGCAAUAGAGCCUGUUAAAACAAACCUCGUGGAACAAAGGAGUUUCCUUUCUGUGUUGUUUUGAUACUCCAUCAAUAUAAGCUUGAAGUGAACAGAUUUCUAAUAAAAUUCUGAGGCCUGAUUGCAUUAGAACAUAGGAUAUUAUGAACUGUGUCUCCGACUCGUACAGUAUAUGGCUAUCAUUCAUUUGGCACAUUGUUACUGUCAGAAUAAAUUGCACAUUGUGAGAGGGCCAAACCUCACCCUCUCAAGACUGGCACCUUUUGAAGGCUAACCUGUAAAUACAUUUAACUGUUUAAAAAUCAGCUAAAUUCUGCAGUUUGAGAAAUGUUAACCCAAUGGCACAGACUUUUCUCUGCUCAAUUUACUCACUCAAUCUCUAAUUAUCCUUUCUUUCUAGCUAAAUUUAUAAAGGCAUGAUAAGGCGUAUUUUAAUUGGAGGAACACAACUAUUAAACUCCAUCACUUUAGGUUGUAAGAAUUGUGAUGCAGUUCUCAAUCCAUUUCACUGGUGAAUAUAUGAUGCAUGUGAGAGAUAAGGCAGGUUUUGUGUGUAUUUUAUAAAGUGAUAUUGAACAAAGACAAAGGAGAAACAAAUAAUGUUUAAUCUCUUGUGGGACAUGGGCAUCACUGGCUGGGUCAGCAUUUUGUGCCAGUCCCUAGUUGCCCUGGAGAAGGUGCUGGUGAGCUGCCCUCUUGAACCACUGCAGUCCAUGUGCUGUAGGUUGACCCAUAAUAGCCUGAGAGAGGCAAUUUCAGGAUUCUGACCCAGUGACAGCGAUAUAUUUCCAAGUCAGAAUGGUGAGUGGCUUGGAGGGCAACUUGCAGGCGUGGUGUUCCCAUGUGUCUGAUCUUUUUGAAAUUUUCUUGAUGGGAGUGUGGAUGGAUUUUGGCAUUUUCAAAUUAGGAAUUUUUCUGGGAUGUUUUGAAAUAAUGUCCUAUGUUUCAUAAGUUUUGGGGUUUUAAAAAAUGGAGUUCACUAACUCAGGUGUAUUACUUGGGUAGAUUUGAAUUAUUUGACUUCCCAGUGUGUGCAAUUUUAUUCAUGGAAUCCCUACAGUGUGGAAGCAGGCCAUUUGGCCCAACAAGUCCACACCAACUCAUUGAAUAGCAUCCCACCCAGACCUGUCCCCCAUACCCUAUCCCUGUAACCCUGCAUUUCCCAUGGCUAACCCAACUAGCCUGCACAUCCUUGGAUACAAUGGGCAUUUGAGUAUGGCCAAUCCACCUAACAUCUUUGGACUGUGGGAGGAAAGUGGACCACUCAGAGGAAACCCAUGCAAACGUAGGGAGAACAUGCAAAUUCCACACAGGCAGUCGCCCGACUGUGGAAUGGAACUCAUAGAACAUUACAGCACAGUACAGGCCCUUCGGCCCUUGAUGUUGCACUGACCUGUGAAACCAGUCUGAAGCCCAUCUAACCUACACUAUUCCAUUAUCAUCUAAAUGUUUAUCCAAUGACCAUUUAAAUGCCCUUAAAGUUGGCGAGUCUACUGCUGUUGCAGACAGGACAUUCCACGCCCUUACUACUCUCUGAGUAAAGAAACUACUUCUGACUUCUGUCCUAUAUCUAUCACCCCUCAAUUUAAAGCUACGCCCCCUCAUGCGAGCCAUCACCAAUUGAGGAAAAAGGCCUCACUAUCCACCCCAUCUAAUCCUCUGAUCAUCUUGUAUGUCUCUAUUAGGUCACCUGUUAACCUCCUUCUCUCUAACGAAAACAGCCUCAAGUUCCUCAGCCUUUCCUCAUAAGACCUUCCCUCCAUACCAGGCAACCAGGCCCCUGGCACUGUGAGGCAGCAGUGCUAAUCACUGUGCUGCUGCAUUGUGCAUUGUAUGCAAAAAUCCCCGAAGACUGCAGUGAUUAAAAAGGCAACUAUUUUCCAGGGGCAAUUGGGGAUGGGUAAUGAAGUUUGGUUUGGCUAGAGACACCCAUAUCCAAUGAGUGAAUAAAUAACAGUUUGUGUAUCAACAUUACACUUAAGAUAACUAAGUAGACAUUAACUUAUCAUUGUGAAGUACUGAUUUGCACAGUGUAUGUCCUUUAAGGAUAUACAAGAAGGAUAAAAAUAGAUUAAAUUGUUAUUUCUAAGAGUGUGCACUUAAUUAAUUGUAAGCUAAAAAUGUUUCAAUACAUAAUAACCAUGUCUGAUACACCUUGUUACAUUAAUGAAAGAUUGUAAAUAGUUCUGCAGCAAUAGACAAGGCAUGCCUCUUAGCAGUAUUGCCUAUAAUAUAUCUUGCACCUUGUUUGAAGAAUGUUUUCUUUCAUGAUUGAAGAAUGUGCAUGUUUAACAUUUAUGUUCACAGAGUCCCUGAAUGACAGGGUGUGGAAUCAAUAAGUUACUUCAGAGUGAUUAGCAAUAGGAUUUCUCUGGUGCUUAGCAAUCAGAUAACAUUAAUGGAUAAUUCUCCUAACUAGUAGACUAGUGAUCGCGGGCAGACUCGUGGGUUAGAGAAUGAGUGACGACACAGGGAGCUGGGGACCCUUGAGACAUCUCCCAUGUGGUGAAUAAACGUCUGUGAUGAUUUAACCUGUCUCUGAAAGGUCAGACAUUACAGAGCAAAGAAAAAUUAACACAUUGUGUGAAGCAGAUGAACCAAAGCCCCAACUGUAAGUGGGAUGUGUCAUAUCCCUGUAGUUACUACAGUGUGGAGUAAUUUCUCUGAAUCCUUCUUCACUGAGAGACUUGCUGAGCGUGUAAUUGGUCAGCUCUUCGUAAAGGCGACAUACCAUCUGCAUUUAUAGUUACUGGAUGAUAAAGUUAAAGAUGAGCAGAAAUACUUAUAGCUUUAAAAGUAAGGUUGGGUGGAUUUGUCAAGCUGAUAGAGUGGGAUUAGAAUGCAGGUUGUAGAUUGUUGAAUUGACCUUCACCCUCCGACUACUUUCAAUUGACUGAUGUUCCUGUGUCUUGUCAGACAGACAUUUGGUUAAGUACAUGUAUAGGAAAGGUUUAGAGGGAUAUGGACCAUAUGCAGGCAAAUAGGACUAGUUCCGUUUUGGGAAAUCUGGUCAGUGUGGACGAGUUGGACCAAAGGGUCUGUUCUUGUGCUGUACAACUCUAUAAGACCUUUGCAAUACUGCAUAACCCUGUGCAGAUCAGUGGCAUUAUGGUGUGGGGAGGUGCUGGUGGGAGUGGUAAUGUCACUGGCCCAUCUAAUGUUUGGGGGACUUUGGUUCAAAUCACACCAGGCCAGCUGGUGGAAUUUAAACUCAAAUAAUAAAAUCUAGAAUUGAAAGGUAACAAUUGAUUGUUGGAAAAAUCCAUCUUGUUCAUUGAUGUCCUUUAGGAAAGGAAAUCUGCUGUUCUUCCCUGGACUGGCCUAAAUGUAACUCCAGACCCACAACAACGAUGUUGACUCUUGAUUGGCUUGCCAGGCCAUUGCAAAGAAUAAUCAGUUUGAGGACAAUUAGGAAUGGGCAACACGUGCUUGCCUUGCUCGCGGUACCUACCUCCCAUUAACAAGUGAAGGUCCUGAUGCUACUUAGUCUUAAGCAAAGCUGGAGGCACUCAUGAGUACUUACAGUUUAGAGAAUAACACAAGUGUUGUGGCCAUUUGGCCCAUCAUACCCCCUGCACUGGUUUUGUGCAGUGUCAUGUCUGCCUGAGCACGUAAUAUAGCUUAACUGAUCAACCAGUUCUACUGACCCAGUAGAAAGCCUUUCAUUCCGCCCAACUGGAAAAUAUAAGCCACACUGCAGGCCCACUCAUAAAGUCAUAGACAUUUACAGCAUGGAAAUAGGUCCUUCAGCCCGAUUUGCCCAUACCACGCAGUUUCCACAAUUAAACUAGCUCCAUUUGCCUGCAUUUGGUUCAUAUCUCUCCAUACCGAUCCCAUCCAUGUACCUGUCCAAAUGUUUCUUAAAUUGCAAAAUUGUGCUCACCUCCACCACUGCCUCUGGCAUCCCAUUGCAGUCAGUCACUACCCUCUGUGUGAAAUAUUGCCCCUCUGGCCCCUUUUGUAUCCCUCACCUAGGCAGUCUAGUUUUAGGCUCCCCGACCCUACAGAAAAGCUGCUGACUCUCUACCUUAUCUAUGCCCCUCAUGAUUUUAUAGACCUCCAUAAGGUCACCCCUCAGUCUCCUCUGCUCCAGGGAAAGUCGAACCAAAUAAACCAUCGAUUGAUGGUUUUUGUAGAUACUGCGCCAACAAUGACGUGCAAUUACAUGGGACAUUUUAGGUUCGCGGGAAAGGUACUAAACAAAUGAAAAGGAAGGAGAUUAGGACAAACUAAGGAGCAUCUGAAAAGGGUUGAGGGGGGCUUGAAGAUGAAAAAUACAUAGGUUAGACCCCAUACAGAUGGAGGAACUGGCAAGGGAGCAGAGGUGAAAUUUCAGAGUGGUUGUGCAGUUACAGGAGAUGACAGAGAUGGGGAGAUACGCAGCUAUGUAUUGGUAAACUACAGGAUGGGAAUUUUAAUCGCAACUUGUUCUCUAACUUGGAGCCAGCAUGGAGCGGUGCAUGUCGAACUUCCAACUGAAUGAAAACUUGAUACAAGUUAAGAUGUUGCAGAUUUUUAUUUCCACAGUUUUAGCACUUGUUCCGAAUGUCCUCUCCAGGCGCUAGCGGUUUGACAACACUGUGGCAGUUAAUACUCUUCAAUGUACCAACUUGUACAACAGGGAGCAGUACCCAAUACAAUAAAAUACUGCAUCUUUGACCACA